AUGUUCACAGCUAAGAAACAUGCAGCUGAUGAUGAUUUCGAAUCGCCUAGAAACGUUAUUACAGAAAGCAAUGUGGACUAUUUGUCGUAUAAGUUCGACGAAAUGGAUCUCGCUGCUUCUUGGCGAGUGUUGACGAAGCAAAAAUUAAGCAUUGUUAAUGGUAUUCGAUUGGAAAAUGCCUCGUGGAGAACGUGGGCAAAGCAACGAAACAAUUUAAAAACUAUCAGUCCGGAUACAUUAAAUUGGUUGAAGGAUAGUGAUGUCACUUGGCUUUAUGGCCCUCUACAUACAGUUAUCAAGAAUAUGGAUGACGAGGAUAAAUAUGCUAAACCCAAAGUGUCAACCACGGAAGAAACAUUAGGCUUGAUUGCUCACAAUCCUAAAUCUAAAGGGUUGAACAGUGAGAAUGAUAUAAUGAAAACGGAUGAAAGCACGAAAAAAGAGACCAAAGCAUUCAACAAAACUGUCCAUUCUGUAGCCUCUGCCAAUUCUAUUACCACGCCGCCUGACUCCACAUCCACUACUUCUUCUUCGCCUAUAGCUUCACCACAAAGACCUUUAAAAUCCGCUUUAAAGAAAGUGACCAUGUCAGAUUUGUUGAAAAGAUCAGCUUCUGAAUUGCAAAUCAAUACGAAACUAGCAGCGAAUAAUGGCAUUUCUAUAUCACAAGCAAAUCAGCAACUGGGUGCUUUCUCCCCAGCUGUUAUUGCUAAUCAUCGUCAGCCUAAAUUAAGAUUUAAUCAAUAUGUAGAACAGUGUAUUGCCCUUUACGACAAUGAUGACAGUCCCCGUCACAGUAGCAAUAAUACUAAUGGUCGGAAAAAGACAGUGCGGACCAAAAUCCCCACUGCUGACAGUGAUCGUCAUGACUUGGGUGUGGAUGAAAAUGAGGAUGAAGACGAUGAUAAUGACUCAAUAACCUCGGAUGAUUAUGAUCCAGACGAGGAUUCCGACGAGGAUGAUGGGCUUGUAAUGCGUAGAAAUAGUAGCAGCAGAAUGCCAAAGUUAAGAACAGCGAUCAAGAAGAUCGAGCCUACACUAUUGAAAACGAACUCACUGUCGGACGAAGAGGAUUCAAUGUACUCGGAUUCUUCUGAUGAAGAAGAUAUGGUCAUGAUGGCCUCGUCCAGUAGUCAUAGACGCGGUAGCAGCAGUCGAUUUCAUGUAGGAGGAGGAGGUCGUAGAAAAUCCGCUUCAGCGCCUAUUGUGGAUGCUGAUACAUGGGAGGCUGAAAGCGCAGAAUCGGAUGCAUUUGUGAAUCAUAUCAUUCAACUUUCGCAGCAAAAACGACAGCAACAAGCAGAUUACUAUAGGAAUAGAGAUCCGGCAGCCGAUAAAAUACCCACGGACCCCUCGACUGCCAGUAACAAUAAUUACAAUUAUGAAGAUGGCAAUUAUACUACAGAUGGAGGCAUACCAACAAGAUCAGAUUAUGAUUACGAGUUCGACGAUGACGAUUGGGAUACGCAUAGUGAGCAUGUUGAAGAUGAUCCUUUCUCUUUCCAUACGACGGAAUUCUACCCGCCUGUUUCUCCAUCGCAACCUGUGGGUUGUUACAUUGCUCCCAAAUCAGCCCCAACACCCAAUGCACCAGUUUUGUCAGCGAAUAUUAGACCCAAAGUGGAGAGAAGUCUUAGCCAUACAAAUGUGGCAGAGACAAUUCAGCAUAAUCAACAACAGUAUGAUGGUGCUUCAUCGGAUAGUAUCAAGAAUAAUGAUAAUAAUACUGCUGUGGCUACCAACAGGGAGAAUACCGGCAGUGCUGCUGACAUGAGUAAAGGCAGCUCAUUGUUUAGUAGCAUUGCUAAUUGGGCAUCCACACAUUUAUGGCCCUCAGACAAAUAA